CGCGCAUAACCCACGUGCGUUAGCGGCGAGCUUGAUGCGCUUCCUGUUGAUCGUCUCUGAGAAGUCGCACGUACGUGGAGCGCGAGUUGGGCCAGCUGGGCAGGCGGCACAGCUCCAGAGUGCCACCGCUCCGAUCUCGAGACCACCUCUCAGCGUGGACACAAUCCCUCCGACAGAAGCCGCCGCCUCUGCUGUCAACUCCCCCUCCCGACUCCGCGCGCGCACGCGAGAGGGCAAUGUUCGAAUUCCUUCGCAGGGGCUCGGAGAGCUGCGCCGACGUCGCGUGCACCCCCGACUACUCGCACAGCGCCGAGGACCACGGCUCCCUCCUGCUCCUCAUUCGGAGCGUGGGGGACGUCGCCGGCGAGCGCUUGGGCGAGGCGCUGGCGCAGGCCUCCUCCGUCUCGUCGGUGACCGUGCCGCGGUGCGGCAGGCCCCUCCGGGUGAGGUGCACGUCGAGGUACAGCCCCGAGGAGAGCCGAUGGGGCGACCUGCAGGGCCACCGCAAGGUGGUGGGGUUGAUCGGCCUCGCCGAGUGCUCGGACUUGAGCGGUGUGACCGACGCGGUGGAGAAAUUCGAAAGUGCCAAGGACGACUACGGGGGCUCCGUGUGCGGCUCGCGGCUCAUCGUCUACGGGAAGCGGCCCGAUGGGUGCGAUGGCGUGACCUCGGAUGUGACCUCGGACGUGACCUCGGACGUGACCUUUGUCAGCGAGGGCGGGCCAUGCCUGGAUCUCAGGGCAGAGGUCGAGAGGGUCGUCGUCUCCGUGUACGAGGUCCUCUGCUCCAGCGGCACCCUGGAGGAUGAGGCGGCGAUGUACGCCGCCCCCUUCGAGAAGGAGUCGCCCAUGACCUUCGUUGUUGGCAGGCAGCUCAAGAAGCGGCGCCAGGGACGGAUGUACAAGCGCCAGGGAGACGUGAGCCUGCAGACGGGGUCGCUGGCAGACGCCCUCAUGCACUACCGCCGGGCAGCGGACAUCCUGGGGCCCAUUGGAGACACCGCCUGGUUUGGGGCUGCUCUGGAGGGCCAGUGCACGGUCUCCUGCCUCUACCGCUCACAACGGAGUGGUCCCUCCGGGUGCCAAGAGAAUGGCAGAGGUGUGCCGACGAAUGGGGACGAGGUGGAUGGGUCACGUGACGAGGGCGACGGUGACGGCGUCGACGACGCCAAUGAAGUUCGGUCGGAUGAGUCGAUCCCGUCGCGGCGGAGGACCACAAGAAAGAAAUACGACUACCUGAUGGACACCGCGUUACCGGUCGAAGAAAUCAUCGACAAGUACAAGGAAGCCAUCGCGUGCUACUCGAAGCACCCGGAAAUGGCCGUGCUGGAGCUGGAGGCCACGCUGAAGGCCGUGCGGCUGCUGCUGGAACAACGGAGGAACCAGGAGGCGGUCGCGCUGCUGCAGGAGAUCAUCCACCUUCAAGCGCCGCAGGCAAUCUCUGACCCCAGCUCCGGCUGGCAGCUGAGCCCGGUCUUGGAGUGGCGUUCGGCGGCGGCCGACGCGAGCUCCCGGCUGCGUUGCCUGGAGGACCCGCGCGUCGAGCACUUCGCGGUGGUGUCCGAGCUGUUCGCCCUCGCGGGCCUCGGGCGCAAGGCGGCCCUGUUCGCGCGCGUCGCCGCCACGCUGUGCGUCUCGUCGGACAACCCGCAACGGCGAGACUGGCGCCGCUGCUACGGCCUCCUGGAGGGUGCUCUCAGCGGUCUGCGAGCGGCUAGCCUGGCGUCGGCGCUGCCCGCAGGAGCAAGUGGUGGUGGUGGCGUGGGCUGGCCGUGCAUCAGGGCGAACAUCCUGCAGCUGCUCUCCCAAGCGGCUUGGAUGCUGGGCGACUACGCACUGGCGGCCGGGCACCUGGCGUUCCUCAUCCACGAUAUGAUGGAACACCUCACCGCAGAUGAAACGAAGUCCAUCGCGGGGCAGCUGCGUCUCUGCGCCGCUGCGUGCGGAGAGGACACGGGGCCCCCCGGGGAUGAGCGCGUGGGACCCCCGCUGCCUCUCGUGUCGUUCACUCGGCUUCCCGUGCUCAGGAGCAUCGGCGCGGUGCGCCCACCGCUGCACCUCCUGCCCGUGCUGGAGGCCGUCACGCCGAUCCGCAAGAACAGCGUGGGCUCUCCCUUCAUCUACACGCCCAUUAAGACGAAAGCGCAGAGACAGCCGGAGAACUUCGAGAAAGUCGAUUUCAGCACCGUGGAGAACGAGGGAUUUCAAGUGGAGCUCAUUGUCGCGAAUCCGCUGCCGUUGGAGUUGCUCGUUGAGAACAUUGAGCUGCUGAUGGAGGGGCCCGACCGUGACGUCGUCCCUGUGUCCGCGACGCUGCCUGCUCACGGCGAGCCCUUCCCGCUGAGGCUGGAGGUCGUCGCCAGACAGCCGGGGCAGCUCACGAUCACGGGCUACCGAACCACGGUGCUGGGGAUUUCCAGCGACGUUCCUCUGAAGAGCGUGCCGGGCCUUCGGCAGACGCGGCUGGAAGUGGACGUCGUGCCAGCCCUGCCGGUGGUAGAGCUCGGGGUCACUUGUGAGAGCGACGGGAAGAAUGAAUCAUUCGUAGCAGCCCCAGGCGAGGAGCUGGGCCUCGUGGCGUUUGACGGAGAGACUCGGCAGCUGCUCGUGACGAUAACGAACGUGGGAAUGGUUCCGCUGGAAAAACUUGAGCUGGACGGGGCGAUGGAACGGACCCGCCAAGACGAGCCUUGUGAGCGGAGGGACGACACGGUGUGGGCCUGGCAGCACGAGAUGUUGUCCCGGCUGCCGCUGCAGGCCGGAGAGGCCCUCACGUUCCCGCUGCACGUGCACGCGCUCAUCGGCGGCACCUCGGCGGAGCAGCCGAGCCGGCAGGAGCCGCGCGGCCACGACUGCGAGUGCCUGAGCCGGCUUCACGGUGCGCCUGAGGAGGCCGACGGGAUGAAGAGGCGAGCGGGGUCCCGAGAGCCGGCGGGGCACGUUGACACGAAAGAGCCUUUGAAGGUCGUGGAGUUCUCCGUGGGCUUUCGCUACGCGGGGGGUCCCGGGAUGAGCAGCGGCUACUGCCGGAGCGUCCCGCUGAGCGUCCGCGUGCUGGUGCAGCCCACGGUCGCCUGCGCCCGCGUCGUGCUGCUGCCGCCUCUCAAUGGGAGACGGAGCAGACUGCUGGUGGACGUGGUGAACCUCACCCAAUCCCAGGUGGAGGUCAGCCUUGAUGCUGUCACCUGGAAUCUGCUCCCUGAGAAAGGACCAAGCAGGGUUUGCGUCGACCUGGAGAAGAUUUUCCGAGGAUGCAGCUCCGGGCGGGAGGAGGCGGAGGAGAAAGCUGCCACCGAGGGAAGGGGGCUCACUCCUGACCAGUGGACAAGCCCUGCGCCGCGGGAGCUGGAACCGCCCCAGCUGAGAGACCUACUCAGGAUUCACUGGCGUUUCUGUUCCCCGCCGCCGGUGUGCCGCCACGGCUCGCUCGUCCCCGCCGCGCCGCUCUGCCGAGCCCUGCUGGCGCACCUCCACCGCACGCCGCUCAGCUGGGACGUAUCGGUGGACGGCGCGGUGGCCAACGUGGAGGAGGAAGAGGAGGUGGUGCAGUGCACCGUCGCGGUGCCGGUGUCCCUGGAGGUGACCGUCAGGAACCACAGCGGCGGCGCCGUGGGGCCCCUGUCGCUGUCCAUGGUGCUGGGUGACGGCACGCGGCACCCCGAGGAGGAGGAGGAGGCGGCGAUGAUCGCCCGGCUUGGCGCCAGCGUGGCGCUCGUACCGCAGGUGGAGGCGUGGGGCUCGGCGUCGUUCUUCUUCGCGAUCAUGCCGCUGGAGCCCUGCGACCGCCGCGUGGCCUUCAGAUUCAGCGAGAGCCGCGAAGCCGGGGCCGCCCCCCGAUGCGUCUGGCAUCGCCUGUGCUCCCUUGGCCUCCGGGCGAAGGUCGCGGGCGAACUUCUCGGGCUCCCGGGAACGGGAUGAGCGGGAGGCGACGCCCUCGUACCCUCGGCUCGAGCGCCGCCGACGAUCGUCGACGUCGCCGCCCUAGCGACGAUGGCGGUGACGAUGGCGAUGGCGGUGACGGCGACGAUGAAGACGAAGUCUUCGCCCCCCACCGCUCGUUUUGGUGCGGAGGGCCGCGCACGAAGACGCGUGCGGACUUUGCGCUGCGGAAAAAGCAAUCGAGAGGAACGAUUUCGCAGGCCGUCAAUGUUUAAAAAAAAUAUAUAUUUUUUUUAAGUACCAUAUAUUUUUUUAAUUUCUGUGUUGGAUGUUUUUUUUUUACGCUCUCAAUUGAAGUGCGCUUUUUUUGCUGGGUCGGCUGCAGGAGUCGAGAAAUGACUUAUUAUUAUUAUUAUGAUUGAGCUCGUGAAGAUGCCCCGUGGAGUAGAGCGUGGCGAACGCUGUCGAGACGAAACUUUCUCGACACGUGGUGGCCCUACCUGGCGACAAACGCGCUCGGAUGACAAACGUCGCUGCGACAUUUUUCAUCAAACAAACAAACAAACGCACUGCGACAUUUAUUGCACAAAUAUGAAAUGUCUGAUCGAGUGCAGGUGUUGAUAACUCGGUGCUAUUUAAAUGCUUUAAAGUUGUAUGAUCGAUAAGAUAACUUGUGUUGUUGUUGUUGCGUCACUGCCGGUGCGGGCUUACACUGCUAACAGAUGCGCGUACUUAUCGGGAUUGUUUAAUGUCUUUUAAUUAUAUUUUUCCAACGAUCAAUGACCAGGUGACUGCUAAUAGAAGGCCGUGUUAUUGAUCGUAACGCUGUUGAUUAAACAAAUUAAAACUCCCCCCGCCAAAAAAAACACACAAACGAUGCUGGCUGGGGAAAAAAAACGUAAAUUAAAAAAAUACACAAAACUAAAGUCAACGAUGCUCGCUCGAUUAUUUUAUUUUGCCAUCGUCGGCACGCGAGAGAAAGGGGCCACCGCCUCUAUGAGCAAUGGCUGGUCGAAGAACCAGAGCUCUCUCUCCUCGCUCGUGAAGUCGACCUGCCCAGUGGCCAGAGGUCGCAACCGGGUACCCGAUACCCGUACCCUACCUGAUACCCGGCUACCCGUACCCGGCUGGGUACGGGUACGGGUAGCCGUUUUCGACCCUGGUGCGUCCGGGUACGGGUAGGCCGUGAGUCACUGGUGAGUAACCGUUUGUCACUCAUUUCGGGUAGGGUACGGGUAGGGAACGGGUACCCGUACCCGGCCGGGUACGGGUACUCAUUUGCGACCCUGGUGCGGCCGGGUACGGGUAAGGAAUCAAAACCCGUUUGCGACCUCUGCCAGUGGCCCAUGCAACACACGGAUAACAAAAACACACCGGUGCCUCGUCAAAACCAGACGCAGAGAGGGCGUUGUGCUCUCACGCAAAGAUUCGAAGGAUCGUGCGGACGGAGACCAGUGGUGUCUUUGAGAAGAGUAGAGUCUUGGGUUACAAACAGGGUGCAGCUGCACUGUCGUCGUAAACAGCUUGGUUGAAGUGUGGGGAAGGGGGUGUGUGGAUGUCUCAUGUAAUAAUUCCCCUUCAUAUUUGCUUUAAAAAAAAAACAUUGGGCGACGACCGCGGGUGCCGGUCCAGGACACGCUGGUGGGACUACGUCGCUCGGCUGGCCUGGGGAAUCCUGGGAAAUCCCCAGGAAGAGCUGGAGUCUGUCGCCAGGGAAAGGGAGGUGUGGACCGCCUCUACUCAAUAAGCUGUCACCGAGACCCUCACCAGGACAAGCGUUUUGAGAAACGAACGAACAUUCCCAAAGGAAUCCCGACCGGCGCUAUCGUCACCGUGUCAUCGGUGCGCGUCUCCCGCAGGGCAAGAACUCGUCGUGCCGUGGGUGUUCCAGAGCUACCGCAUGAGACGUUUUCAAUCGACCCCUGCCUCCCCCACCAUCGGGGGGGGGAGGUGGACAGCACUUUGCCGCUCCCUCUGCGUACGAGUGGAACCGUUCGUCGAACGACAGUUUAACUGAUAUUUAUAAUUCGCAGAACUCGAAUUUAGACAAUUUAAGUGCAGAACUAAAUGUAAUGUGGUGUGUGUGUGUACACACACACCAACUUAUAUGUCUGUCUAUAUGUCUCUGGUUCUAUGUUUUAUCUCUCUCUCAAAUUUAGCGUUCUCAGAAAGAACGUAAUCAACCAGGUAGGGUGUUGACUGUUAUGUUAUCUCUGCUGUAUUACAUUACAUUUCUAAGUAUACUAGAUUUGUGUUUCUAUUUCAUUUAUACCUGAUGAUGAUUGCUUGUGUUGCAAUCGAAACGUCGUAUGCUAGUAUUUAAUUUAUUACUUUCUCUUUAUACGUGACUUUACCGAAAGAACCAAAGAGUAAUUCCUGCAGUCACGAAAGCUCAAAAUUAAGUAUGUGUGUGUACAGUCAUAAUUGUUGAGAACCACCGGUUCAAUCACAAGGUUGGCAACAGCCUGCAGUCGAACCCACGAUCUCUGUGUUUGCCAGCUCAGCGCCCUAACCUCCAAGCCACCCGGCCUCCUCAGCGUUCAGUAAUGCCGAUUGCGCGUAUAGCCGCAACCACCUCUGCGAUAACCGCGCCACCGACUCGUUUGACCCUCCCCAUUUUGCCGAGUAAGCUCAUUCUAGUAUAUGUCACCCUGCACCACGACGCUGCCCGUGCUUGACUGCACAAAUGGCUUUUAUCGGCGUGUACUGGACUCCCAAGCCGAGAGGGAGACGCGGCCUUGACAAGGAGACAAUGUCACCCACGGAACGCGAGUGGAUAUUGUG